AUGAUGAGCAGGAGGUGGAUACAGAACCCGAAUAAGUGCGCAGACGAAUACUUGGAUGGAAUCGAGGAUUUUAUUGACUUUGCACGGACACACAACCCGGGUGCAACUAGAAUCCGGUGUUCUUGCAGGAGGUGUAACAACAUGUUGUGGGAGACAAUUGAACAUGUUCGAUUUCAUUUAGUAAGGAAUGGAGUGAUUGAGACAUACAGCACUUGGAACCAUCACGGGGAACAAUUAGACAUCGCUUCGUCUUCAAGGGCCACAAGAGUGGACAAUGUUGAACGCAUUGUGGAUCCUAAUGAACAACAGCAACAAGGGGAAGAUGAUGUGCCUACACCAACGGAUAGUGCAGAGUUUGAACAGUAUGAAAAACUGUUAAGAAAUGCUAACCAAGAGUUAUACCCGGGGUGCGAGAGCUUUUCCGUUCUGACGGCGAUUGUGGAGCUAAUGCACGGAAAAAUAAAGUAUCGUAUGUCGAAUUUGUGUUUCGAUUACUUUUUGGGGGUUUUUAAGAAAAUGCUUCCAACGGAUAAUUGUUUGCCGAAAGAUCACAGACAGGCACGGAAGAUGUUGAGUGGUCUUGGAUUGGGUUAUGAAAAGAUCCACAUGUGCAAAAAUAACAUGUUAUUCUACAAAGAGUAUGAAACGUUGGAUACAUGCCCUAUAUGCAAUGAGUCGAGGUUCAAACAGACCUCUCAGAAUAGAAUGAGUAAGAUUCCACAAAAAGUCAUGCGUUAUCUGCCCCUGAAACCAAGGUUGCAGCGAUUGUAUAUGUCGACGCAUACUGCAACAGACAUGAGAUGGCAUAAGGAAAAACGGGUAGACGACGAUGUGAUGCGGCAUCCUGCAGAUGGGGAGGCAUGGAAAGAGUUCGAUCGAACGUUCCCCGAGUUUGCUACUGAUCCCCGAAAUGUGAGGUUGGGACUUGCCACUGACGGAUUCAAUCCAUACAGGGUUCUAAACCAACACCACAACACUUGGCCUAUUUUUGUAUUCCCAUAUAAUUUGCCGCCUUGGAAAUGCAUGAGAAAAGAGUACAUGAUGAUGACUGUUUUGAUAACUGAGGAACCUGGCAGGUCAAUCGAUGUGUACUUAAGGCCGUUGGUUGAUGAGCUCAAAGAUUUAUGGACAAACGGGGUGCGCACGUACGAUAAAUCCACUGGGAAGAUGUUCGAUUUGCGGGCGGCAGUUAUGUGGGGUAUGCAAGGAAGAUGUAACUUCUGA